CCUGAUGCUGGGGGAGGAGAUGAGCAACCGUGGAGAUGUUCAAUCCGCCUCUCGGUCUAGCACUUUUUUUUUUAGAAGAUGAGUGAUGGAAGUGUAGCAGCAUUCAGAGCAGCGUGGUGUUGCCGUUAGAGGACAGUCAAAGGAUGAAGUUCAAGAAGUUCAUCACCAUCAUGCAGGCGGCCAUUGGGAUCGUACCCCUGAACAAACGGGAGCUCUUGCCGCCCGGCAGGAAACUGUGGAGACCCCCUGGGGACCAGCCUGGCUCUGACCAGACCAGCACUGACCUCCUCAAGUCGAACCGCAAGUUCCGCUGGUCCAGAGAAGCCCAGUACUUGUAUCUCCGCCGCCUCUCGUCACGCAGCUACUCGGCUAUCACAAUGAACCCGGUCAUGGAGGAGACCGUGUGGGAGCAAUACACUGUGACCCUGCAGAGGGAUCCAAAGAUGGGCUUUGGAAUUGCAGUGUCGGGGGGGCGAGACAACCCCAACGAGGAGAGUGGGGAGACGUCCAUCGUGGUGUCCGACGUCCUGCAGGGGGGGCCUGCUGAUGGCUUCUUGUUUGAGAAUGACCGAGUGGUUCAGGUGAACGCCAUCUCCAUGGAGGGCGCCAUCCACUCCUUCGCCGUCCAGACCCUAAGGAAAUGUGGCAAAGUAGCAAAAAUUACAGUCAAGAGGCCCAGGAAGGUUCCAGUCAACAUGGGGAACCGCCCCCCGUCUCCUGAUGACAGAGUCUUCAACAACGACUAUAAUGACGAUUACAACUACGAUCAGGACCGCCGCAGCGUGUAUAGCGGCCGGGACCACAGCCCGGACCGGGGCGGGGGGGGCUACAUGGAUUCCGGCUAUCAGACACGUGAGCGGGACCACGACAGGGACUACGACCGGCGGGAACGUGGCCGGAGCAUGGAGAGAGACCUGAGCCCCGACCGGCAGUACAAGAGGGACGGCAGCAGAGGUCGCACUUUGGACAGAGAACGCAGCCCAGAGCGCCUCCACAAGGGAGACCACCUGCUGGAGCCCAACUACGGCCCGGACAGAAGGUAUCGCAGCGAGCGCGCUUUAGACAGAGACCACAGCCCCGACCGGCGCUACCGCAGCGAGCGAGCCCUCGACCAGGAGUAUAGCCCGGACAGACGUUUCCGCAGCGAGCGAGCUCUGGACCGCACGCACAGCCCAGACCUGCGCUACGGGCGGGACAGCCCCCCACGAGGCCGCGGACGCGACCACAGCGUCGAACGCGGACGUGAGCGCGCCCCCAGCGACCCGAGGAAGUACGAGGAGCCGCUGAGGCGAAGCUGGAGCAGAGACAGGCUGGAGCGCUCUCCGUCACCACCUGCGAUGCCCAUCCCCCUGCCCCGCCCAGCCCGGGACCUGGAACCCCUGGAGAAACCCCUGAAUGUGCUGCUGUUGAAGAACCGGCCCAACGAAGAGUAUGGCCUUCGCCUCGGCAGUCAGCUCUUCAUCAAAGAGAUGACCAACACAGGCCUGGCCAGCAGAGAUGGGAACCUGCAGGAAGGGGACAUCAUAUUAAAGAUUAACGGCACGGUGACAGAAAACCUGUCCCUCAGCGACGCAGGGAAGCUGAUCGAGAAAUCCCGCGGGAAGCUGCAGCUGGUGGUGCAGAGAGACAAGCGGCAGGUGCUGAUUCGAGUUCCAGCGAUGGUCGACAGCGACUCAGAGCUUGAUGAUAUCUCCGAGAUCGAGUCUUACCGCUCCUACUCUCCACAAGAGGACAGGCGGGGCCACCACUCCGACCUCUCGUCCCACUCCUCCAAUGAGAGGCUCCGAGAAAAGCCCAGAGAGGAACCGCCAAAAAGGCUGGCAAAAAUGGGAGCCAUGCCAACACCAUUCAGACCUCCGGACAGGGCUGUGGAAGACCUGCCCCCUUUGCAUGCAGACAGAGAGGAGCCACGGGCAGAAACCCCACCAGUUCCAGCAGCCGCCGUAGCCCCGAGAGUUCAUGCUCCUUCUAAGAUGCCCAUGAAGCCAAGCCUAGAGGACCAGGAAAUCUAUGGGCCGAACACAGUGAUGGUGCGUUUCCAGAAAGGUGACAGCGUGGGUAUGAGGCUGGCGGGGGGAAAUGAUGUCGGCAUCUUCAUCGCCGGCGUUCAGGACGACAGCGCAGCGGAGCAGGAGGGACUCCAGACCGGAGAUCAGAUCAUGAAGGUGAACAACAUGGACUUCAGAGGCAUGGUGCGUGAGGAUGCUGUCCUCUACCUCCUGGAGAUUCCCAAAGGAGAAGAUGUCACCAUUCUUGCUCAAAGCAAACCCGAUGUGUACAAGGACAUUUUGGCAUCCGGCAGAGGUGACUCAUUUUUCAUCAGGACUCACUUUGAGUACGAGAAGGAGGCUCCUCAAAGCCUUCCUUUCACCAGAGGAGAGAUCUUCAAAGUGACGGACACACUUUAUGAUGGCAAGCUGGGCAACUGGCUGGCAAUCCGCUCUGACAAAGACAACCAGCUGCGGGAGAAAGGAAUCAUCCCCAACAAAAGCAGAGCAGAGCAAAUGUCCAACGUGCAGAACGCCGCGCGCGUCGCAUCCGGCAACGACAGAGGAGACUUCUGGAGGCUAAGAGGUCAAAGGGCGGCGAAGAAGAAAGACCUACGCAAGAGCCGAGAGGACCUCAGCGCUGCCCCAGUCACCACUAAAUUCCCUGCUUACGAGAGAGUGGUGUUACGUGAAGCUGGUUUCAGGAGACCUGUGGUGAUAUUUGGACCUAUUUCUGAUGCAGUGAAUGAAAAACUGAGCACAGACAGGCCCGACAUGUUUGUCAUCGCCAAAACGGAGCCCAAAGACGCGGGGACUGAGAAGUCCUCCGGAGUAGUGAGACUCAACACCAUCAGAAAGAUCAUUGAGCAGGACCUUCACGCUCUGCUGGAUGUGACUCCCAAAGCUGUGGACACUCUGAACUACACCCAGUGGUACCCCAUCGUCCUCUUCCUGAACCCGGACAGCAAGCAAGGCGUGAAGACCAUGAGGAACCGCCUCGUCCCCGGAUCCACCCGCAGCGCACGCAAACUGUACGAGCAGUCCGUGAAGCUGAGGAAGACCUGCUCACACCUCUUCACCGCGACGGUGGACCUGAACUCCUCCAACGACGCGUGGUACGGCAGCGUGAAAGACUCCAUCCAGGAGCAGCAGGACAGAGCGGUGUGGGUGUGUGAGGGCAAGUUGGACGGCUCAGACGAGGACCUGGAUCUGCAUGACGACCGCAUGUCCUACCUAUCGGCAAUGAGCGCGGACUACCUGAGCAUGGACAGCCGGCUGACCAGCGACUACGAGGACACAGCGGACGAGGGCGGGGCCUACACCGACAACGAGCUGGACGAGACCCUGGACGAGCCGCAGCCGGUGUCGGCCAUCGGCCGCUCAUCAGAGCCCGUGAUGCCAGACGAGAAGCCUCAUCCUGAACCCCGGGGUCGUAUGAGGAGGGCGGGCAGCAGAGAGAUGCUGAACAGAGAGCCGAGCCCUCCCCCUCCUUUUGUCCCCGAACCCCCGAAGGUGCGGGCUCAGACUCGGACCGACUCGACGCGGAGCUACGACUCUCACUCCAGCAGCACCAUCAGCAGCGACGCAGUGGCCGUCAACAGACCGCACCCCCCUCCUGUGGCCAUGAAGCCCGUCAUCCCACGUCCCAGCCACACAUCAGAGGGUCCGAGCCCGGGGGAGGAGGACCCCGCCAGCAAGUCCUUCCUGGGCAAGAUUAAAGCCUUUGAGAAGAUGGACCAUCUGGCCCGGGCUCAGAGGAUGCUGGAGCUGCAGGAGGCAGAAAACGCUCGACUGGAGAUCGCCCAGAAGCAUCCGGACAUCUACGCCGUCCCGAUGAAACCGCCAAAACCCAACCUGAACCGCCCGCAGCCAAUAGGCUCCAGCUCCAACGCCGAGCAGCAAACCCCCUCCAGGUCGCAGCACUACGAGGACGACGAGGCGGAGUACCGCAGGCAGCUGGCCGACCAGAACAAGAGAGGAUACUACAACCCCAAGAGGUACAACGACACCGAGCUGUAGACCGGGGCAACAGGAAGUGACAUCAUCCCCGCAGGAUCCCUCCCACAUCAUCACUACGCAGCGUUGUUGCCUUGAUGUGAAAUCUCUGAACUUUUUUCUUCCUGGAGACAGAAUCCUGGACAUUUUAACACUAACUCCAGGCACUUUUGAAACACAAACUUUACCGUCCUGCAAAGAUUUCUUUACCUUUUCUUGUUUUUUGUUGCGUCUGAAAGCAGCUUCCCCAUUACACCAGGGCUAGUUUGUCUCUCCAUGUGACCAUUACAUCAGAGCCUCAGAGAUCAGACGUUUUUACGACAAGAUGAGAUUUUAUUGACAUUUCUUUUUUAAAUUCACCUUUUUUUGGGGUAUUUUUUCAAGAUGUUUUCAGACCUCUUUUCAUCGUAUGUAAGAAAGAGGUUAUUUGCCCUCUGCACGCUCAAUAUGAUUUUUAUCCUGAGUCUCCUCAGAGGUGUGACUGAGCCCUGAAAGGCACACAAUAAUUCUGGUGAUUCAGUGUCUUUGAUUAAUCUUAAUAUUUUCUGUCUUGCAUUUAAAAAAUUUAAACGUUUUUCCAAGAUAAUCUUUCCAAACGGAAACGUUGAUGCACCGCCAGCCCAUGUUCAAUUCUGCCUCUAGUGGCCAGAAUGAGCAUAACAACAAUAAACACUCAAAUCAUUUUGACAGCCUCCUUCCUUCAGAGAUUUAACAUUACUCAAAGCUUCUUAAACAAAUUAUCCUGGCUUUUUUUGUAACUGGUUCUUAUGUCAUAAACACACAGGAGAGAAAACCAGUCUUCUCUUGAAGUCAGACACAUUCUUACUAUGGAAAUCCCUUUGAACUUUUAAAGGGAAAAGUCGAAGUUUUGGAAGAUUUUAAGACAUUCUAAGUUUUAGGAACACAUAUUUUCUCACUGGGAUGUAACAGCCACACAGAAACUGGAGCUGUGCUGCAAUAGCUAUGGUUCUGUAGACCGUGUACAGUAUGUAGACUUUCAUUCCUCACUACAGUUUUGUGCUUUUAUCUUCACUACAGAUGUUUUGAACUUCCACAGUAGCUUCUCUCAGAGCAAUGUAUAAAUGGGUCCUUCACUCUGAUGUCCAGUAGCUGUUGGUCUUCCCUUACCUCUCCUGAUGGCUCCUUUCUGAUUUACUGCGCGCCUCUACUUUUGUAUACUCUACACUGUGUUAUAUGCGUGCAUUCUGGUAAGCGGCAUAUUUUCAAGUGCCUUUUAGCUCUGGAUGGGGGAACAAAUUACAUUAUCAGUGCAUUUUUCUGUCCUUUUUUGGCCAGUCAACACCGACAAAAUAGAAGAUAUAGAUUGAAUGAUCAGGAAAGUUCGGCCUAAACGUCCAAUUACAGGAUAACGUGUUUCUGAUAAUGCACAAUGCACUUCCACAGGAGCUGCAGAAGUCAAGUCCACACUGACAACAAGACAAUGUUACAGACUCUGUUAAAAUACAUCAGGACUGGGAGUAGUGUAAAAAACUGUAGCGGUAGAGUUGGAUUUAAUGGUGCACACAGAGCUGCUUGCCUCCAGAGACAAUCACCUCGUUAUUAAAUCUGUUUUUAUACUGAGUACUCCGUCUUUGUACAUCUGGAAUAUGCUGACGACAAUCAUGUUGGUUGAUCUGAUUCUUUUUAAAUGUCUGUUUAGUUUGUGAUUUCUCUCCUCUUUUUUAUUUUUGGUUUGUGAUCUCCUUAGUGUUACAGAACGUACUCGUGUUAAAUUCAAAUAAAUAAAUCUGUUUUUUACAUUUA